CCAUGUGAUUCGGUCUACAUAUGUAGGCCAGUGUGCCAUAGAUUUAACACACACACAAAGAGUUAAAAGAAGCAGAAAUCGGCCUGAACUCCACCCAUGCAGUUUCAUUAUCGACCUUUCACAGGUGUCACGGCCACUUUCCUUCCAUUCUCUUAGAGGAGGGAAGGUGAUUCCCACACGUUCCUGCUCUCUGUCGUUUCCUGGAUCCAGCGUGUCUGAGCUGCUGUGGAAAGUUUCUGAAGUUUGUUGUCGGGGGCGGGAUCGGGAGGGAGAGAGGGAGGGAGCGGGAGGCUCGGUGUGCCUGCGGCGGCGCUCCUGCGCUCACUCGCGGCUCCGCCGGUGGUUCGUGUGCGGCCCUGAGCUCCGCGAUGUCGGCCGUGAAGGCGCUGCAGCAGUGGUGCCGGGUCCAGUGCGAGGGCUACCGGGAUGUGUCCAUCACAAACAUGACCACGUCCUUCAGGGACGGCCUGGCUUUCUGCGCCCUCAUCCACAAACACAGACCCGAUCUCAUCAACUUUGAUUCACUGAGGAAGGAAAAUGUCUAUGACAACAACAAACUGGCGUUCAAGGUUGCAGAGGAGGAGUUGGGAAUUCCAGCGCUGUUGGAUGCAGAAGACAUGGUGGCUCUCAAGAUUCCCGACCGCCUCAGUAUCCUGACAUAUGUCUCGCAGUACUACAACUACUUCCACGGACGCUCCCCGAUUGGCGGAAUGGGAGGUAUAAAGCGUCCAGCUGAGGCCCCCACGGAUGAGCCAUAUGGGAAGAAGAACCAGCCGGUGGCGGCUAAGGUGUUCCCCUCAUCUAAGCCUGCCAGAGAAAACACCCCUCCCCCCUCCUCCAACAUCCCAAGGCCCUCUCCUUCCCCAAAGCAAACCAGAAAUGCCACGCAGGACGUUCCGGUUGAGAAAUCCCAUCAGACGGGCACCCUGAGUAACAAAUGCGUGUCCUGUAACAAGCAUGUUCAUUUGGUGCAGCGACAUCUAGUGGACGGGAAGCUCUAUCACAGGAAUUGUGCAAAGCUGCUAUCACCUGCAAACCCAACUGCACCUCUCAGAAAUUUACCAACAAAUACCCCCGUUUCCAAAUUCACUCCUCUACCAGACUCCGCCAAAACCAACACAAACGCUCCCACCCUAACACCCUCCAGACUGGGACCAACAUGGCUGACGGAGAAACCCAGCACCCCUUCCAGCUUCUCCACCACUUUUUCUCCUUCGUCUCCUUCCCGGCCUGCUUCAGGUGUCUCUUCCACCGCUAAAGAAAGUCAGAUGGCUUCUGUCUCCAAACCCGCAGCUUCACGGACUACUGCUGAAUCUACAUUCAUCACAACCACCUCUAUCAACACAACGCCCAUUGCUGCCCCUCGCACCUCAACCACAGCAGCCAAGACAAUGCAGUCCAAGCUCAAGUUCCUUCAGUCAGACAGCAACACUAACAAUGAAGAGAAAAAGACUACAGCCAUCAACAUUGAUGUAAAUAAAAGGCCGUAUGUGAGUGGUAAGGUCCAGGAGGCCACAGCAGGUCAGGCUGUGACUGUGGUUGUAAAUGUCGGUGGUGCUGGCAAAAAGGAAACAAAUUUGUGCUUGGAUAAGGGUGGGGAUAGAGCUAGAGCGGCUGGUGUGGGUGGAACGGUGAGUUUGAAACCAGAAGACAGUGACAGUAAUAAGAUGAAAGCAUCAGCAGCUGCUUUCAUCUCCAAGAAACUGGCUGAGGAGAACAACAAUAACAACAGUAAGCCAUCAUGGGUGACUGUAGCGGUGAAGAAAACUGAGAAACCUCCUCAAGUCGAGACUCCUAAGAGGGAGACAGAGGGUGUCAGAGGGAGGGUGAAGCUGAAAGUAGACCCGUCAAUCCUCGCUGACCUGCAGCCUCUGGACUCCCCGAACUCUGCUCCGAGGCCAGCCGGCAGGAGCGGACUCAGAGCCAGAACUCCAGACAGAGGGGGCCCAAAGCCUGGCACUGCAUCACCCAACACCUCAGCUGCAUCAGAAAAUGAGUCUCCUGCAGACUGGAGGUCGAGGCUCAAACCUGUCGCCAAAGAAACAAGACCUGCUGGUCCUCCACAGGUGCCUAAACCACGGGUUAAUGGAGCUGCAAAGUCCCAGACUCCAGAGGUUUCUGCUGGGCCUUCCUCAUCAUCCUCUAAUGUUCCCAGCCCAAGCAUUUCUGUCACUCCUCCACCAUCAAAGGGAUUUCAGAAUGGUCAGAGAGACCAAACUGCAAAUGGCACCAAGUCGGAGUUAAACAUUUCAAAGACAAAGCCAGGCUACAUUCCCAAAGGGGACAUUAUGAAGGAGCUUCAGGACAUUGAAGAUAAUUUGAACGAGUUGGAGAAGAGAGGAGUCGAGCUGGAGAUGAGGCUCCGCCGCAGCGAGGAAGAGGGUGUAGAUGACUCUCUCAUGGAUGAGCUCAUGGUUGAGUGGUUCAACUUGAUCAGGAACAAGCAGGUGGCCAUGCGCCGGGAGUCUGAACUGGUCUAUAUAGGAAGAACCCAGGACCUGGAGGAACAGCAGCCUAGUGUUGAGCAGGAGCUCAGGAGACUGAUGGAAAAACCAGAACAUCUGAAAACGGCCUUGGACCGAAAGAAAGAGCAGCAGCUGAUGGAAAAACUGGUGGAGAUCGUCAAUGACAGAAACGCAAUCGUGGAAGGUCUGGAUGAGGACAGACUCAGGGAGGAAGAGGAGGACGAGCAGCUAAACAAGAUGAUGAUGAAUUUCAACAUAAAGAAGGAAAAACCGAAGAAAAAGUCCCCCGUGGCCAAACUGUUCGGCUGGGGGAACAAGAAGGAGGGAUGACGCUCCUCAAAAACGCACCCGAGGUUUUUUUUCUUUGAUGUCUUUGCUGCUCUAGUUGUAGUCUUAAUGUCAGUGUACUCAGCCUGAGAUUCGUGGGAUACAGGGAAUAAAUGGAUAGUCAGUGGGUCUGUCACGUUCGCGGCGUUAUUAGAAAAAAAUGCCCUUCCCUCUGUCGACUGUGUCACUCAAGAUCUGACGUUCCCACACACACACACACACACACACACACACACUCUGAUGAUGCUGAGGGGGUUAAUGACUCACCAGCCGUGAUGUGAUUGGGUUCAGUGCUCCAGUUGUUAGUUUUAAUCCCCUUCUAGUCUUAAUCUGUCUACUUAAUGCUCACACACACACACACACACAAACACACACAACCACUGUCUCUGAAUAUCUCACUUGUUCUACUUAUUGAAAUGUUGCUUGUAUACAGUAGCACCGAUGCUAAUGGGAGUUAAUAGAGAACAAGACUCAUCACGGGGGUCAGACAGCUGUUCCUUGCUCUCUGGUCAUGUUUUACUCCAAACUACAAGUCACUGGUGACUCUGCGAUUAACUUCAGGGUCACUCUCUUACCCUGUUUUUGUUACACGUGUUGAACUGCAUUUCUCUUUUAACCACAGAUAUCUUUUUCCAUGUACUUUUCUGCACAGGGCAAAUACAACACUCGACAAGUUUGUUUAGAGUGUUGCCUUUUCAACAAGGCGACAAGUUCUUUUUUUAAACUGAAUCACAAUAUUAUAUAUAGGAUUUUCUAGACCAGUGGUUCACAACCUGGCGGUUGAGACCCGCUCAAGAGGUUGUGAGGUGGUUAAAGAGGAAAAACAUAUUUCUAUAAUCUUCAUUCUUUGUUUGUUUUUUUUGUUUUUUUUGCAUUUCUGCCUUAGUGACAGUAGAGAGAGAGACAGGAAAGGCAGGGGAUAGACGGGGGGGAUGACAUGCAGCACAGGGCUCUACCAGGUGAGCUACUGGGGCCUCCCAGGGAACACACAUGUCUGCUUUCUCUAACAAAGUAAUAUCAAUAAAAGAGUCUGAAAAGGUGUGAUCGUCCUACGGUUGGAUUUGUCAGAGCCUGUGGAUUAAUGCAAGCUGUGAUGAGGAGUCACAGGUUUGGUGCAGCUUCGUUUUAAGGGAUUACAAGCCACAAAUGUCGGGAACCACUGUUCUAAGUACCUUUGCGUGGAAUGUUCAUACUUGACCUUCGGAAACAGGAGACAUUAAAGAAUCUAAGCUCAAAGGUACUUACUAAUCAUUCAGAGCUUUCACCUGCAUUUCACAGUCUCCGUUCAGAGUACAUGAUCCCUCAAGAAUGGAGUGAAAUGGAAAUUGGUUAAAAGCUCUGAAUCCUGUGCACCUUUGCGCCUAGAUCCUCUUCAUCAUAUAUGCACUAUAUACACUGAUACUUUUAAAAAGCAAUUUUAUGAGCUCUUUCAGCAUAUUACACUUGAUAAUGAUUUAACACGCAGCAUUUGAUGCUGUAACACAUGUGCAAGUAAGUCACAGGAGAUCAUGCUCUGGUCCUUUUUUUUUUUGUUGUUGUUGUCCUUGAAUGUGCCGAGGAAGUUCGCGUUUUUAUGGUUGACUAGAGAAAAAGCAUGAAUCUGGUUUGCGUCAUGUGACUCACAGGUUUACCUUCAUUGACUGGAUGUUUGUGAGUCUUGGAAAUGCGAAAGCCCAUCCAUAUUGGAUCUGCAUUUGUACAUGUUUUGCAUAUCUCUUAGCUGAAUUAACUGUUCAGCGUUUCUGUGUCAUGGUGUUAUGUGUGUUUUUGCAGAGGCACUGAAGCAAAUUUUUUUUGUGUUGUGACCAAACUGCUCACUUUUAACAGAGUUAGUUGAUACUAUAUGAAAUUUAAUAUUGUGUAUAUAUGUUAAUGUUCUUGACCUCUUUAUCUUUCAGUUUCUCAGCUGUGUAUAUUGUAUAAUGUUGUUAUUCUCAAUGGUCUGAUUAUUAAAUGGAGAAACUGG